ACACCUCUCUCUUACAACAGCAUGUUGCAGCCUGUGGGACAGGAUGUGCUUCAGUUUAUUAUGGACUGAGCUAACAGAGACCGUCACACAGGGCACACGCUGCGAGAUCUGGACGGAGCGAAGAGCCGCAGUGAGAUAAUUGACACUCGUUACAGAGAGACAGCACGUCCUGGAAAGGAUCAUGGACGAGUCACCAUUCAAUAACACAAACCCCGAAGAUGAGAGCGUUGUGAGCAAUGACUUCUCCACGACCUUAGGUGCCCUCAUCCUCGGCUUGGUCUUCCUCCUGGGCGUCCCUGGUAACCUCUUCAUCGUCUGGAGCAUCCUGGCACGCAUCCGGCGACGCUCGGUCACCACCCUCCUCAUCCUUAACCUGGCUUGUGCCGACGGCUUCCUCAUGGCGCUCACCAUCUUCUUCGUUGUCUACCUUGCCAAGCAGACGUGGGUCUUUGGUAACGCCAUGUGUAAAGGCCUGUUCUACCUGUGCAACGCCAACAUGUACGCCUCCAUCUUCCUGAUCACGCUGAUGAGCGUCCACAGGCUGGUGGCCGUGGUGUUUCCGAGGAAGGCGCGCGUCCUGACCAGCAAGAAGGUUGUGAGGAGGGUGAUCCUUGGCAUGUGGGUGCUGGUGCUGCUGAUUUCUAUCCCCUCGCUUGUGUUUCGAGACGUGGACAUUGACAAAAAUGAGUACAACAAAACAAGACUGGUGUGCGCGCCUAAACACACCCUGCCACGACAUGUGAGGUUUCAGUACGCCUUGGAGACAGUGUCGGGAUUCAUUCUUCCUUACACGGUUAUCAUAACCAGCUACGUGCUCAUCCUGCGACGCCUCAGGCAGACCAAGUUUCGCCGAGCGGUCCGCAGCGAGAAACUCAUCCUGGCCAUCGUGGUGAUGUUUGGCCUUUUCUGGCUGCCGUACCAUGUUAUCAACAUGAUACAGGUGGCAGCUGAGUGGUAUGAAGAUGGUUCGGACAGAAAAGAAACUUUGGACUAUAUUGCUAACUCCAGUCGUGCAGUGACCUCGGCUUUGGCCUUCAUCAGCAGCUGUGCCAAUCCUGUCCUCUACACCUUCGCUGGGAAGUCCUACAUCAGGCAGAACGGCUUCGCCUUCAUGGCUCGACUCUUUGAGGGGACAUCUUUGGACCAAACGGAGACCAAAAAGAGCAGAGCGGGUAAAGAAGGAACAAGUACCUUUGAAUCCUCGAACAGCGCAGCAAUGGCUGCUUUGCAAAAUGGCAAAUGAGUGUGGACUGAACUUUGUGCAUGAAUGAAAACUACAUGUGGAGUGUAUAUUAUGGUUAAAGCAACAUUUGAGCCUGAAUGUGUUAAACAGAUAAAACCAAAGCUUAGAGUUGACCGUCAAGUAUUCUGUUUUGUAAAUAGAUUAUGUUGAAAGAAACGUGACUAGAAAUGUAACUAUCUGUCCUGUAAAUACCUUAUUAAAACGUUUAUUUUAUUAAAUUUUAUGAGUUGCAGAGAAUAAUAAUUAAUAACUACAUAACAUAUCAUACUGUAUCUACUUGAGGAGCAAUUACAUCUUAACGGUUAAUUUUAAGUACCCCUAUUUAGCAUUUAUAAGCAAUAAACACAAAUUCAAUACAUAAGGAACCACACACUAUGAUGUAGUCUGUACAGUUUAAGUCUGCAAUUAUAACUUAUGCAUGCAUAUUUUAUAUUAAUACAGCUGUGUUUAUAUUGUUUGUCUGUAUACAGCAGCAUGUGCUCAUGGGUACACAUAUAUACACAUUAAAUGUUUACAAACUGCUUAUAAAUGCCAGAUAGGUGGACUUGCAUACGUCUGAACUGAACCUGGUGUAGGACACAUUUAGAAAUAUUUAUUCAAAGAAACGUCUGGAGCUGGACUCUUAACAUGUGCUCCUCUGCAACAUCCAACACAAACCAUCACACGGACACUAACAGACUGGAGUUUUUCUUAAAAAAAAAAAUCUUGAUGUACAGAUGUUACUGUUAAUGUUUUUGUAUUGAAUAGCUGUAAUUUAUCAUUUAAAUAGCUUUUUGUAAUGUGGGAUUUAAUGAUGCAGCGACCUUUUGUAUUUAGCAACUGUUGUCUGCUUCAGUCUUGUAACUUUAAAAAGUAUUAUGCACUGUAAUGGUGAUUAACUGAAUUUUAUGUUCUACACAAAUAAACAUUUACUCCAGAGAGCUUUAAGAUCA